AUGAUAGCAUUUCUCCUCUCCUUCAUCACCUUAUUCACUUGGAUCUGGCCUUGGAGCCCGUCUUCCGAUCCUUGCCCUCACCCACUAGUCAAUAUCGACUGGUCUAUCGUUCCAGAAUCCACAACCAGCUUAUUGGAACACCUUCCCGACAAAUGGGUCGGUGAAGUCGCCGCUCUGAACUACACAUACAUCCCAGCAACCGUCAAGGAUUACUUUGAAGGACAGAUCACAGAAAUCGAAUCUACUCUCAUCUGGAUAGAUUGGAACGACCUUCCUUGUCAUGUCGUCGAAUGGGUGAAAGAACAUCCUGGUGAAGCUGCUUUUCUUGUUAUGGACAUUGGGCUAUUCAUAGCUCCAUGGGUUUUAACAGAACCUCUCUUGCUGGUGCUAGGGUUCAGCAGAUUUGGACCUGUCGCGAGAUCAGCCGCUGCUGUCGCUCAAAAAGCAAUUGGGAAGGUUAAAGCUCGAGAUUUUUUCGCUCAUCUCCAAUCUGCCGCCAUGAAAGGUUAUGGACAGAUAGUUGUGGAACACAUAGUCAGAGCUGGCACUGCAUUGGCUGGACUCUUCAAAUGGUUAUGGGGUAGAAACGAGGGUGGUGGACACAGUUGCCCCGCUGCCAUGGUAGCUCAAGCGAUCCUCGAAGAUCCCACAAAGGGUGGUGUCCAUAGAGAAUUGAAAAGAUUUGUGAACAACCAGUAG